AUGUUGAUCUCAACAACAAAGGAUUAACAUCCUACCUCCAUAUAUUGAGGUCAGUCAUAUCUAUCAUAUCUGACCGUAUGGAAAGUGGUUAAUACUGCGAUAAGAAAAUGCAGAAGAUUUUAUUUAUAUCGCUGGUUUAUACAUGUAUGUAUCAAGCAUUGGCAGUCUGCCCGCAAGGAUUUGUAGAACACGAGGGGUCCUGCUACCAUGUGAUAAGGAUUCAAGCUACGUGGGCUGAAGGAAGAAUGUACUGCCAUGCAUAUGGAUCGAAGUUAGUCAGUAUUGAAACGCAGAAAGAAAACACGUUUCUUGUUAACUACCUAAAAAGCAUUGAUAACCAGGUUCAUUCGGCACGGUUUUGGAUCGGCGGAAAUGACAUAGCGCAAACCGGAACUUACAUCUGGGAAGGAACACAACUUCCCUUAAACGCUGGGUACACUAAUUACUAUCAAGGGUCCCCUGAUAAUGGUGGAGACAAUUUGGAAGAACACUGCAUGGAAAUGUCAGAUCGCUAUAACUAUGAAUGGAAUGAUAAUGAAUGUAAAAGCAAGUUCUAUCCUAUUUGUGAAAUGAGUGGAGAAGAUGCCGAAAUCAUUGGAUAAUGUAGGAACAAUGCAACUGACGGUUGAGACGCCGGCAAAAAAUAACACAGACGUCUAUGCACUCAGUGUAUAGAUUAAUAAACGGAAGAAAAAUGUCUAA